AUGGAAAGAGAAGUGUUGAAGAAAUCUGCAGCGCACUUUGUUUUUGUUCAUGGGAUUGGAGGAGGUGCUUGGUGUUGGUACAAAAUUAAGUGCCUCAUGGAGAAUUCGGGUUAUCGGUAUAAUAACCCUCUCAUUCACUUCCUCUCUUCCUUACCUCACAAUCACCAGGUUAUAUUGGUGGGGCAUAGUGCAGGGGGACUAAGUUUAACUCAAGCUAUUCACAAAUUUGGUCCCAACAAAAUUAAGCUUGCUGUCUUUGUUGCUGCAACUAUGUUCAAAUCAGGGGUUGUCUACAGGAAUUAA